GGGCUUUAUGAAACUCAGCCUAUGAGCGUUGUCAGUUGUCAUGGCGAUCAAUGGCCAAAUGGCGAUUUCUGUUUGAUAUAGAAUAGCGUCUGUUAGUUUCGUGCUUGAGAAUUGUAUAUUUAUGUUAUUAUGUCGAAAGCUAAAGUUUCAGCAGAAUGGAGAAAGAGAGUAAAAUCGGAAUAUAUGCGAUUGCGGCAAAUGAAACGUUAUAAACGAGCGGACGAAGUUAAGAUCGCGUGGAACCAGAAUCGUAAGGUUAUGACAGAUCUUCUUAUGGCUGAACAAAAACGCUGGACAGAUGGAAAAGCAAUGUGGUUAGCAAUGCAAGACGUUCCACCCCAUCUUUCCUGCAUGAAAAAAGCUGAAAUUACUAGUCCUGACGGCGAUGUGCAAAGUUGUCCUGUAAAAAUAAUUAAUGCAGUGACUCCUAUACCAACCAUGUAUACAUGGGCUCCCAUUCAGCAAAACUUUAUGGUAGAGGAUGAAACUGUUUUGCAUAACAUUCCUUAUAUGGGCGAUGAGAUUUUGGAUCAGGAUGGCACUUUUAUUGAAGAGCUUAUAAAAAAUUAUGAUGGCAAGGUGCACGGCGACAGAGAAUCAGGUUUUAUGGACGACUCCAUCUUCGUUGAUUUAGUGAAUGCUCUAGCAAAUUAUGAAAAAGAUGAUAAAGACAGAGAACAAAUAAAGAAAGGGAAAGAACCUUUAAAGGAAAGAGAAAAUCAAAAAGAAAAUGAGAAGAAGGAUGUUGAAAUAAAAUCUGAAACAAAGUUAGACAAAACUGAAUAUGGGAAGACAGCGGUUACUCCAUUUCCAUCGAUGCAUAUAUUUAAUGCAAUAUCGAGCAUGUUUCCCGAUAAAGGACGACCUGAAGAAUUAAAAGAAAAGUAUAUUGAAUUGACUGAAAGAUCUGAUCCAAAUGUUUUGCCACCAGAAUGUACGCCUAAUAUAGAUGGUAUAAACGCAAGAAGUGUACCUAGGGAACAAACAAUGCAUUCUUUUCAUACUUUGUUCUGCAGAAGAUGCUUCAAGUACGACUGCUUCUUACAUCCAGCCAGGGGGACCUCGCCGCAAGGUCUUCAAGUUUGCCAUCCAGGUCCAAAUUUGCUGAAACGGAAAGGACCCGAUUUAAAACCAUUUUCGGAACCCUGCGGGACAGAAUGUUACAUGCAUUUGGAUGGGAUGAAGGAAAAGCUGGCAGCACAGGCAGCGGAUACGAAAGAAGAAGAAGGCGACGAGAAACGCGGUGGUCCUAGGAAAGUACGAAAACAAGCAAGUGUGGAUUCUGGAAAUGAAGCGAGCAGCGAGGAUAGCAACGAUAGUAAUAAAUACGGUCAAGGAGGCAGUUGUCAAGAUUUUAAACAAAACGUUAAUAAAAACCCUAAGUCCGAAGAAAUGAUGGAGGAUCAAGCACAACCUGAAAAUCAGACACCCUUCACACUGUUAGGAAUUGGCAAACGAACUAAGACAGAAAGUGAAUACUCAUGGACGGGCUCGGAACAAAGCCUGUUCCGAGCUCUUCACAAAGCCUUGCCUGGUAAUCCGUGCGCAUUAGCACAAAUAAUGUUAACAAAAACUUGCCAGGAGGUGUAUGAAUUUGCACAAAAAGAGGCUUCGGAUAUUCCUGCUAUAGAAAAUCUGAAGGACUUCACACCACCGCGAAAAAAGAAGAAAAAGCACCGGUUGUGGUCCAUGCACUGCAGAAAGAUACAACUUAAGAAAGAUUCAGGUGCUAAUCAUGUGCAUAAUUUUGCGCCUUGUGAUCAUCCGGGCCGUCAGUGUGACAACUCGUGUCCCUGCAUACAGGCACAGAACUUUUGCGAGAAAUUCUGUCAGUGUAGUAGCGAGUGCCAAAAUCGAUUUCCUGGUUGUAGGUGUAAAGCUCAGUGCAACACGAAACAAUGCCCGUGUUAUUUGGCAGUGAGAGAAUGUGACCCGGAUCUUUGUCAAACGUGUGGCGCUGAUCAAUUUCAUAUCACUAAAAUAUCCUGCAAGAAUGUCAGCGUACAACGAGGCCUUCACAAGCAUCUCCUGAUGGCACCCUCAGACGUAGCAGGUUGGGGGAUUUUCCUGAAAGAGUCAGCGGCAAAGAAUGAAUUUAUCUCGGAAUACUGCGGCGAAAUUAUCAGUCAAGAUGAAGCCGAUAGAAGAGGAAAGGUGUACGACAAAUAUAUGUGUAGUUUUCUUUUCAAUCUCAAUAAUGAUUUUGUCGUUGAUGCAACAAGAAAAGGAAAUAAAAUCAGAUUCGCUAAUCAUUCGAUAAAUCCUAAUUGUUAUGCGAAAGUAAUGAUGGUGAACGGUGACCACAGGAUAGGUAUUUUUGCCAAGAGAGCAAUCCAACCUGGUGAAGAAUUAUUUUUUGAUUACAGAUAUGGACCAACGGAGCAACUUAAAUUUGUUGGUAUCGAGCGAGAAAUGGAAUUUCUUUAAGGGUUUAUAUAUAUACAUACAUAUAUAUAAAACACAUAUACGUUAUACUACUGAAACAUUGGAGAUUAAAUAAAUACAAAAUAAACACUUGUCUGAUUCAUUUGUUAAUAUAAUGGAAGUAUAUGUUUCUUUGUUUAAUUAAUUAAAAUCAAUGUCUUUAUUUUGUGUAAUAAAAAUAGAACAAAUCUUUUAGUAUUAUAACAUUAAUAGACUGUUUGCAAUUCCUUUUUUCUUUAUAUAUUAGUUUUAUAUGAUUAUCAUAAUCUAACAUAUAAGAAAGUACUGUAGCAAUAUUAUUAUAAUAUUGCGAAAUGAGAAAAGCAAUAAAAUUGUAAAAUAUAAGUAUACGAUGGAUAAUUAAUAGAUAAGUAAAUCAGUUUGUGUUGUAACAUUAUUGUAAACAGACUGAGAUAAUUCCAAAUAUAUUAUUGAAAGUAUUUAACAAUCUUA